AUGGGAGGGGCCAAAUGGAGUGCUAAGAAAGGCUACUUCAAGAUAGGAAAGACAUGUGAACAGGCCUUGGAAGAUGGAUGCGACUUCGUCUGGAUCGAUACAUGCAACAUCAACAAGGACAGCAGCACAGAGCUUUCGGAAGCUAUCAACUCAAUGUUUCGAUGGUACCGCGAUGCCGUUAUCUGCUACGCAUAUAUCUCCGAUGUCAAAUCUGGAGAUCCCCACUCGCUGUCCGAAUGUCGCUGGCUCACUCGUGGGUGGACACUACAGGAGAUGAUUGCUCCAGAUCGCGUGCACUUCUAUGAUAUGAACUGGGAUUUCCUUGGGAGUCGUAUAUCUCUUGCGGCACAGCUGUCGGAAAGUAGUGGCAUCCACGCAUCGGUUUUGUUAAGAAGACAUCUUGGACGGAUGGGCUUCCAAAUACCGACGGAGAAGGGCCAUUUGGUCGCGGAGUUCACAGGUGAACUCGACGACACCUCGUACUCCCGGAAGACGAUCACCGAGAGGGAAUGUAAAUGUUGCACAAGUACCGAGGAAGACGACGUACAAUCAAUGCUAGACGGAUUCAGUGUGGCGCAAAAAAUGAAAUGGGCUUCUAAACGCAAGACGACGCGAGAAGAAGACAUCGCCUACUGUCUGAUGGGGCUGUUCGACGUGAACAUGCCCCUGUUAUACGGCGAAGGGAAGAAAGCUUUCUACCGACUACAAAAAGCUAUCCUUGGCAUAUCGUCAGACCAUUCCAUAUUGGCUUUCCGGUCGGAUUUGUCCAAGGAUCUCUUCACUGGGGAGUCUCCGUUGUUAGCACCACAUCCUACGUUUUUCCGCGACGAAGUACGAAACAUGCACAUGCCCGCCCGUGGUACAAACACUAGUCUCUCUGGGACUACACUAUCUGUUGAGAUGCUGAUCUGUCCACUGGAAGGAAACGGAAUGCUCCGGAAUGACUACAUUGGCAUCUUGGACUGCUCAAUAGACAAAGAUCCUUCCAUGAGACCGGCUAUCCUACUAUCAGCUGUACAUAGAAAGAAGUUGAUGUUUCGUCGAAGCCCUGGCUAUAUCAGUCUUUUCCGGCUAGGGUCGAAACAUCCCAUGGAGGCUGUUCUGAUAACCGACCGCCAGCUGGAAAACGAGGAAUGUACGUUGACUCGAAAAGCCGGAUACUUCGGAGGAAUUAGCUAA